AUGGGCGACCUCGGCAGUUUUCUUGGCGCCUUGGACGGCGCGUCGGCGCACGAGGCCGGUUGGCUCGAAGCCACGGUGACCGCGCUCAAGGGCCAAGGUGUGGCGACGAUCGCCGAUUUAGAGGGCGCGGCAUUCGAGGAUUUCUCUUUUGCCGACAAGGAGCUCGACGCCGCGCAGAAGCGCCUCGUGCGCGCGGGGAUCGCCGCGGCGAGCACGCCGGCGCCGGUGGCUGGGGGCUCGGCGGCGGCCGCCCCUCCAGCGCCCUCGGCGGCGGAGAACGCGGCCGCCCUCUUGGCCGCGCUCAAGACGGGCACCAGCGAGGCGCAAGCGAUCUCGACGCGAUCUCGGGCUCGCGUGGCCCCGCGCGGCGCGUUCGCAGGCGCGCUCGCGCGCGCGCGCUGGUUCUCGCAUCUGGUCCCGUGCGCCGGUAGCUCCGACAUGCUUGACGCGUUGAACGCGGAAGUCUUGAAGCGGCAGAAGAAGGAAUCCAGCGAGGAAGCGCGCGUCUUCCUGUACUCGGACAUCCGCAAGUGGGUGCCCGAGUGGGCCCGCUCGGGCCCUCGCGAUUUCGAAGAGGAGGCUGACGGAUCGUCCGGCGCCAGCAAGGACAUUCGUGACCUCGCCAAGGAAGUGGCGGCGGUGAAGAAAGGGCCCGAGAAGAAGGCCUACUUAACCCUCUGCCAGUGGCAACUGGCUUGGAACCGGCGCCACCUGCCCGUCGCGCGCCCCCCCCGCGCGCCUGCCUGUUAUCGCGCCGCGCGCGGCAGGUACAUGGUCGCGCUGGUCGCCACGGGCCAGCUCACGUGGGCUGAGGUGCAGGCGCAUCGCGACAACUGCUUGAAGGUGGCGGUUCAGGCUGCACGCGCGCGAUUUCUCGUCGCUCUCUGUUCGCCGCGCGUUGCCGCGCAGGCGGCGGCCUCGAAGCGCCGCGUGCACCUCGGUAUCGUGUGCGACGAGGAGGCGCGGAAGGCGCGCCCCUGCGUUCGUGCUUGCGCGGCGCCCUGCGUCUGUGCCGGCGCGUGGCAGCUAUGGGCCGAGCAGCUACGCUCGGGGGGCCCAGAUUUCAAGCUGGGGAAGACGAUCCUGCGGGUCGACCCGCGCGCCCUACAGCUGGCGCGGGAUGCUUGCGACAAAGAAGACGGCGCCACCCACGCGACGGCACCGGCGGCCCGCGCUCCCGAGAAGGCGCGCGGGGCGGGCGGCGCCAGCCAGCCGUGGCGCGCCGCGCAGAGCUGGAGCAGCGGCUCCUGGGGCAGCGAUUGGCCGAAGGGCCAGAAGCGCGAGCGCUCGUGGGGCAGCGAUUGGAAGAAAAAGGACCCCCACUCGCGUGCUGGGACAUGCCGCGUGCGCUGUUGCCGCGGAGGCCGCUUCGCUUUCCGCGCCGCGCUGCGGGUGCCCGGCUUGGCCGCGGCCAGCCUGGGCGGGGCGUGCGGGGGAGUUCCGCGGGGCAGCGUGCGUUCCGAGGGCGCUUUUCGCUACGCUUUGGCGCCUUGGCCGCAAUUCAGGAGCGAUUGGUCUCGGCGUUGCAGCGACAGCGCGUGGCGCGACAUCUGCGUCGCGGCCGGCGGCUGUAGCGGCGGCGACGCGGAGAAACUUACCUUUCUGGCAAGGGCGCUGGACGGCGACCCCGCGCUCUGGGGCAAGUGGCGGCCCGCCGCGGCCUCGGCUUUGCCGCCCACGGCCGCUGAGGCAGUGCGGUGGGCCGCGCAGACCGCCCCCGCCGACGUGGUGGCUUUCCGCGAGGGCUGCGUGGAAUUCUUCAGGACGGGGGCGCCCCUCGUCGGCGAGCUCCCGCGGUCGGGCCACGGCAGCCCAGAGGUGUUCCCUCCCCGUCUGGGCAUCGCGGAGCUGCUCGGCAACGCCGAGUCGACAAAUCGCGACAUUUCCUGUGGCCUCCGCGACGGCGCGCACGGCGACGCCAUCCUCCGCAAGACACGGGACGAGGCCGAGCUGGGGCGCAUCAGUUGCCCGGUGCCGCUCCGCGACGUGUGCCUGGACGGGGCCGUCAUCGCUCCGAGGUUUGCGGUUGAGCAGCUCCGUGAAGACGGGUCCUCGAAACUCCGGUUGGUCGACGACAUGACCAAGGCUAGGAUUAACGAGGCGACGCGGCCUCAGGAGCGGCUCCACCACGAUGCCGUGGACGCGCUUUUCGAAGCAGCUCGCAUCUUCCAGGAAGUUGCGGGGCGGGCACCCGCCCUCUGGCCGUUGUACGCGCAAUCGCAUCGCGGGGCAUCGAAGGCCCAUGAGCCGUUGAUGCUUGCCCUGCAGUGGUGGCGCGAGGUCUUGGCCAUGGACUUGUGCCAAGCGCGGCCGUGGGCCGACAAGGCGCGGCCUCGCGCAACUCUCUUCGCGGACGCGUCGGGCCAACCACCGUGCGUGGCCGCGGUGCUCGUCACCGCCACGGGCAUCCGUUUCACUUCCAUGGUCGUCCCGGAUUCCUUGAUGGCGUCGUUCCAGCGUCGCCGGGACAACCAGAUUCAGGGGCUGGAGCUCCUGUCUAUCGCGCUGGGCAUGUGCACCUUUGCAGGCAUUGCUUUCGCGUGCGACUGCCCGCGCCGGCGGGCAGGUUGCGACUUGCAUAUUUACAGCGACAAUACCGGCGCGGAGUCUUGCCUGCGGAAGGGCGCCGCGAAAUCCUUCGACCACUCGUGCAUCGUCCACUCCAUGUGGAGGCGCGCGGUGGAGCUCGACGUUGACCUCGCGGUUUUCCGCGUGCCCACGGCUGAGAAUCUGGCCGAUUUGCCUUCUCGGCGCGCCCGUGCGCGCCGCGCGGUGCUGCGGGCUGGCCGCGGGCGCAGCGUGUCGCAGGGGGGGACGGCCGUCGCCUGGGCUGCUGAUUUCCUGGCUGAGAACGGCUUCGCACGAGCCUGCGAGCUCGCCAGUGCAGACGCCGCAGACCUGGAAGGUUGGCCGGUCACCGCGCAGGCGCCCGUCCCGAGCGUCCUCGACCAGCUGGGCGCGCCGGUCGCGCUGCCAAUAACGCGCGGGCCCCGGGCGGCGCUCGCCGAGGCCGCUGCUCGCCUCCGCAGUCCGGCGGACGCGGCCCGCUGGCGGGAGGAGGAACGCGUCCGCGCUAUGCUGCAACCAUGCGCACGGUCGCUCCCAAGCGUGAGAAGCGGCCUCAAAUGCUGGGAGGCCUACUGCAUCAGAAUGUUGAAAUGCCCGUGCACGCAGCUCCCGCCAGCCUGCGCGGACCUGGUCGCCUGGAGCGCCUUCUUUCGCUGCGGGGAGACGUACGCAAAUUACUGCAGCUACGUUAAGAUCGGCUGCCUCCUGACUGGGGUCUGCGUCGCCGUGUUCGACCGCCCCGAGGUCAGGCGUGCGCGCGCCGCCGUCCGGGCGCGGGCCGAUUGGACUCCGCGCCCGCGCUUGUUCAUCCGUAAGAGCGCGGUCGCCGCGCUGGUCGAGUUGGGCGCGCGCCGCCCCGAGUGGCUCCGCGCGUCGAUGCUUUUCCUUUUCGCCUACACGUUCUUGUUGCGUGUUCCCAGCGAGGCGUUGCCGGCCGUGCGCGUGGCCGACGCCGGCGACGCGCCGCCCUUUCAAGCGGCGCUAGUGCUGGGCAAAUCGGAGCUCACGCUGCUGCUGCGGCGGCGGAAGAACCGGCCGCAGGGCAGUCGCCUGUCGCGGAAGUGCUGGUGCUCAUCGUGCCGCGCCACGUGCCCCGUGCACACCCUGGGCCCCUGGGUGGCGCGUUGCGGGCUGGGCCGCGGGCUCUUCGGAGGCAUCUCGGCGGCUGCUGCGCUGCGGACCCUGCGCGAGAUGCCCGCUGCCCUCGGCGGCGGCGCCCUCGGAGCACGCCGACGCGGCGCCUCCGUGCUCGGAGUCGCCGCCAGCAUCGCUCGGCGCGGCGGCACCGCGGAGCCCGCGGAGCGGGCGGCGGCGGCGGCGGCGGCGCCCGCGGGGCCCUCGGAGCGCGCCGUCGCGGCGCCGUCCGUGGGGCCGCCGCCCUCGGCGGCGGGCGCGGCGGUGCCCGUGGGGCUCGCGGAGGCGGCGGCGACCCCGUCGUGUUCGGAACCCCCAGCGCAGCCGCAGGCGGCGGCACGCUCGGAGCACGCGGCGGCGACGGAGAGGGACCCGAGGCGCUCGCGGCCCACCGAGGGCAGCUCUGCGCCGCGGUCGAGGCGGGCGUCCGCGCGGCCCUGCGGCACGCCCAGGGCCGCGCCCAGCGGACGCCCGCGGAGGAGACGGCGACCCUCGUGGAGGAGAAGCUGGCGCUGCGGGAGCUGGUGGAGUGCCAGCAGGAUCCAGCGCAUCGACGCGCUGGAGAGCGAGCUGGGGCUCGGGGACGCGGCGCUCUCACCGGCCAGCCGCGUGCUGGGCCGCGAGUUGUCCCGCGAGCUCUCCGUCACGGUGGCGCGGCACCUCUCCGACGCCGGAGGGGCGCUGACGACUGGGCUCUCUGCGGUCUUGGGGGAGACGAAGCCGAUGCCCAAGCUGUCCGUCGUGAUCGGCCACGAGUACGAGGUGAUCAGCCAGCGCGGCUCCAUCGUGCGGCGGGGCGACUCCCUCCGCAGCGACAUCGUCGCCGAGCUCCCGCCGGGCAGCUGCGUGCGGGUCAUGGCCGUGUCCCAGAAGGUGCCGCGGCGCGUUGAGAUCGUCUACGUCAACAAGCCGGGCCUGUCGGAGGUCUCGACGGAGGCGUCCGAGAAGGCCGAUUCCGAGGCCCCGGAGGGCCGGGACGCGCCCCCAGAGUCGGUGGUCGGGUGGAUCAGCGCCAGCGCCAAGGCGAGGCCCACCGAAGCAGCAGCGGCCACCCGCUGACAAGUCCGCUGGCCUCCUCCUC